AUUGCCAGAUAUCACAGGCAGACAUGGGGAAGCAGCGCUUGUUUGUUAUCUACUAGGAUACCUUCUGACACUGCAACACACAGUGGUCAUAUUGAGGUAAAACUAGGGGAUAAAACCCCAUUUGUUUUGUGCUGCCGGAGGACGUCCAGGAAAAAGCCGAUUCACCUAAAAAGUUUCAAGAAGACGUUGGAGGAUUAUCCAAUCAAAAUCGAUCUUCAGUCAUCUCAUGCCCAUCUGGAAAAAUUUUCAGGCUAUACCAUCCCACAUCUAUCACCAGGUAAUAAGUACCUGACAGAAGGAUACACCAUGUCAGAGGCAAAUUUAAUUGAUGGACUGAUAAUGACUACCAAUAUGACUCCUACAAACGUCACGAAGGUCCACACCACUGGAUCCAGUCUUGGCAUUGCAAUCCUCUCUAUUGCCUUUUCCAUUGGAUUUCCAGGAAAUGCCUUUGUCAUCUGGACUGUGUUGGCCUGUAUGAAGAAGCGGACUGUUGCCUGCAUUCUCAUUUUACAUUUAGCUGUUGCAGACAUCAUUGUCAUCCUCACAGCACCAGUGUUUAUCCAUUUUCUAGCUACGGGUACAUGGGCAUUUGGGACUAUUAUCUGCAAGUUGUGCCAUUACAUCAGCUGUUUGAGUAUGUAUGCCAGCAUUCUCCUCAUCACCUCAAUGAGUAUAGACCGAUUUCUUGCUGUCUCAAAACCAAUAGCUUUUCUAACCAUAAGAACUAAACCAGCUGUUAGCAAUAUGGUUUUUGUAAUAUGGUUGAUAGCAUCUCUCUUAGCCAUUCCCAUGCCACUCUACCGGGAAGUAAUUCCCUUUAAACAUAAGAUGCUGUGCAUACCUUUUCAUAGUUCUACAGGACAUGUGAUCUUUCAAUAUCUUUUUGAGCUGAUGACAGGUUUUGUAUUUCCAUUCACAAUCAUAAUAUCCUGCUAUGUCUACAUUGGACUUAGGUUACGUACUGCAAAGUUUCAGACCAAACAUAGGACAAGUCAUUUGGUCAUCAUGAUUGUAGUUACUUUUGCCCUCUUCUGGCUGCCAUACCAAGUUGUGAAUAUAAUGCAAGUGUCAGGAGAACUAUUUUCAUCAGAAAAACUUAAAGUAGCAGCUAAAAGCGCAAGGGCUAAUGCUACAGCUUUUGCAUUUUUUAGUAGCAGUGUUAACCCUAUUUUAUAUGUAUUUGCUGGUGGCAACUUUAUAAAAACUGCUGGAGCAGAAUUCAUGGCCAGGCUCUUUGAAGGAGUUGGCUCUGAUUCCAAUAAUUUUCGCAAAGUCCCCCAUAUGUUCUCGCAGAAGAGUCAAGGUGAGUCAAUGGAAUUGGACAAUGUGAACAAAUGAAGUUUUUGAUUUGCUUAGAUGAGUGUCAAUAAUUAUUUUAGGUGCUAUAGGUGCAAAGUCGUGUGUUUAAAGCUACUUGUAUGAUGGAGUGUAAAAUGCAUUUCAGGUACUAUAUGUUACUGAAUGCAACAGAACUGCCUCGUUAUGAAGUGAUGUAAUGUGAAUGUACUAUUCUGAGGCUCAGCUGAAUUUUGAAUAAAUGUAACAUAGAUAACACUAGAGAAUAGGGCCAUCACACCAUUUCCCUUUAAUUUUACUGACCUGGAUUAAAAUGUCCUGUUAUUUCAGUAAAAAAACUUAUUUUUUUUGUGUCCAUGCAGGAUUUUUACAAAUGAUUGCUUGUGAUAUUUUUCAAUAUCUGUUUAUUUUUGAUGUUUUAGUUAAAUAAAUCUUAGUCGUAUACACAUAAAGCCAAGGGCACAGAGCCUUACAGUAGAACUGCAUUAUGGUUUCAUAACCACUCCAUGUGCUGCGGUAUGUUUCUUCUGCAAAGCUCUACAUUCUCUCCUAGAAGUAAUGCUACUAGGGAAACAUACUUCUGUAAUAUUGGAAUGUGAUGAAACUUGGCUUGAUUGUUUUAUUAGAAAUCUAUGAGCUCAUACUCUACCUCCGAUUGCCUCUAGAUUGCAUAUUGAGGCACAAAUAAGUUAUUUCUUAUUAAGAAUUUUUAAGAUGGCCAUGUGGAUAGAUCCUUAUUUUUUGUAAAAUAUAAUUGAUCAUAUACAGCAUAUACACAAAUCAUACAAGUCAGGGCUCUGGCUGGCCCACUCAAGGAUAUUCACAGAGUUGACCCUAAGCUAUUCCCCUGUUGUCUUGGCUGUGUUCUUAGGGCCCUUGUGUUGUUGGAGGGUGAACCUUUGGCCCAGUCAGAGGUCCAGAGCACUCUGGACCAGAUUUUAUUAAGGAUAUCUCUGUACUUUGCUCCAUUCAGAUUUACCUCAACCCUGACCAGUAUUUUUGUUCCAGCUGAAAAAAAAGCCCCACAAAAUGAUGCUGCUACCAACAUGCUUCACCGUAGGGAUGGUAUUGGGCAGGCGAUGAGCAGAGCUUGGUUUCAUUCACACAUAAUGCUUAGAAUUGAGGCCUUAAAGUUCAAUCUUAGUUUCAUCAGACCAGACAAUCUUGUUUCUCACAGUCUGAGAGUCCUAUAGGGGAUUUAUUGCAAAUUCCAGGCAGGCUUUCAUGUGUCUUUUACCUGGUAGAGGCGUCUUUCUGUCCACUUUGCCAUAAAGCCAAGAAUGGUGAAAUGCUGCAGUGAUGACUGACCUUCUGAAAGUUUCUCCCAUCUUCACACAGGAUCUUUGGAGCUUUGGAGCCAGAGUAACCAUUGGAUUUACCAUUGGUCACCUCUCUUACCAAGGCCCAUCUCCCCUGGUUACUUAGUUUGGUGGGGCAGCCAGCUUUAGGGAGAGUUCUGGCUGUCAAACGUCUUCCAUUUAAGAAUUAUGAAGGCUAAUGUGCUCUUGUAAAAUUUCAAUGCAGAAUAAUUUUGUGUACCCUUCUCGAGAUCUGUGUCUUCACACAUUCCUGUAUCUGAUCUCCACAGGCAGUUUUUUCUCCACUUGGAUAGUUCUUUUCCCUGAUAUGCAUUCUCAGCUGUGAGACUUUAUAUAGACCGGGGUGUGUCUGCAAUGGCCAGGAUACGGGUAGUUAAUGUUCUGUAUUUGUCGUGACGCCAAUUGCAGUGUGCACAGGGUACUAUCCCAGGGCCCUUCCAAGGUAUUAUAACGCACUUCCAAGAUUAGGAAUGCCAGAGUGGUGUAAUGGCCUAUAGUGUCUCUGUAGAGUAGUGGUAAUUGUGUUAACGGUGUCUCCUACCUGGGUACGGCUGGACACCUGGCUCCUGGCUGACUUGCAAUUAAUUUGAGUGUAGUGAUAGUAGGAGUAAUAGAGAAAUUUUGCAAAAGAAAUGAUGUCCAGACCCUUACAUGAAGAAGUUCAAACGUUCCUUUACUGAAGAUAACUUGUAUCUAAGCAGUGUACAGCUUUGGUCUCUGUUCCAGCAGGUUUUAGCAAUCAUUGGAAGGAAUAAAUACUUCUGCUUAAAAUUAGAAGCUUUCAG